UACCAGAAAAAAAAAGAAAUUAAAAAACAAUCAGUCAAAUUUUACAAAUGUCGGAUGUGUACUUGUAUUGUUUCACGGUUGUUUAUUUUUGUAAUAUAAUGAAAUAUAAUCAAUGCAGAGAGAAAUGUGACGGAUUUAGUGUAGCAUAUCACUUUUAAACGAAAGAACAUUUGUUUAUAUGGAUAGUUAAGAAAUGUCAUUGAUGAAUGUGAAGAAUUUGUGAAGAUGCGAUUAUUUUUCGUAUUUGGCGUCGUGCCAUAGUUUUAAUUGUAGUUUAAUCGAGGAUACGAAACAUGAAGUGGUCGGGGCUUGUUAUUUUGUCGUUGUUAUGGGUUCAGGGGGUCGUUGGAUUCUGUCCUUCGCUGUGCACCUGCAAGGGUAAUAAGGCGGUUGAAGGGGCGUUAGCGGAGCCCCAGCCGGGCGAGCUGCUGAGGCUCAAGUGUGGUGGCACUCCUGCACAAAUAACUGAGCUUAAAGAGAUAGAUUUGAGCAAAUUAUGGACCAUAGUAGUGAGCUUAAAUUUAUCAGGAAACGCGAUCUCGACGCUAUCAAGGGAGCUGUAUCUGCCAAAUUUACAGAAACUUGAUCUAAGCAGAAACCAAAUAAGCUUGAUAGAGUCAGAUGCGUUUUACAACAUGACUGCCAUCCAGAGGCUUGACCUAUCUUACAACCAGAUCAGCAAUGUUUACAAGGAGAUGUUCAAAGGGCUGACCAACCUGGAGCGGUUGAUACUGUCACAGAACCACAUAUCUGCGAUGGCUGCGGGCACCUUUGACUAUCUUAUUGGAUUGAAACAAUUGGACAUAACUGACAACCCACUAGUUUGCGAUUGCGACCUCCUCUGGGUUGGAGACUGGUCAAGAAACACCAGCGUCAAGCUGGUAGGAAACCCUAAGUGCGCAUUCCCAGAAAACAUGGUCAACAAGAUAGUGAGGAAGCUCAAAAUAUUCCUAGACCGUUCUGCAUGUGGCAGUGUCUUAUCCGGAAACAAUUUGAUAGUCAAACCUGCUCAUGACCAAGUUGUAUUUGUUGGAGACACUUUGACACUAUCCUGUAAUGCCCCUUUUGCAUCUGUACUUGCGAAGUAUGAGUUAAAAUGGGCUCAUCCGAUGCUAGAAAUCUGCGAUGUAAAUAUCACCAACACGGACAUGCAAGAAGAAGGGUUAGCGGAGACUACAGUCCACUUUCCUAACAUUACCAACCAUCAUAUGGGUAACUGGACUUGUGUUUACAGCGACCAGAAUCACAUAAGGCAUAAUCAUACCGUAGAAGUGUUGGUGCUUUCGAAUUCUACUCAAUAUUGUCCUACAAACUAUACGAUUGAUAACAAAGGGUUAUAUUCUUGGCCUCAACUUCUUUUAAACCAUACGGCAACAGUACCGUGUCGUAGUGGGGAAGGUUUGGCAUAUAGGUCUUGUAAUCCUAACGCUACUUGGGGGCCGGCUAACACUAGUGAAUGUUCGUACAUAAGCAAUGUGACGAAGUUGCUCCAACAGUUUGCACUGCUGAAUGUAAGCUUGGUACAAUAUUCUGCAGUGAAUGCUACCGAGAGAUUGGCCAUGUUGAUUCAGGAGAAAACUUAUCCGUUAGCGGAGAUAGUGGAUCCAGAUGACGUGUAUUUCAUUGGGAAAGCUAUAAGGAAUUAUAUGCAGUAUAUUGCUGAGGAGAAAGAUCUUGGACCAACACUGCUAGACGUGAUAAGCUCAACAAUGAACAUCAGUAUGUCCGUGCUAUCGAAGGCGGAGUCUCAGUACGGAGUUUGUACGGACAUCGCGAACGCCGCUGAAGAGAUAUCGAGGCAUAUCGUUAAUAUGCAAGGCCAAAAGUCAAACCUAGCGGUGGAGCGUUUCCGCGUAUCCUCGGGCUUCAGUGGCGCCACGUGCGUGUGGUACAGCGCCCGCGGCCCGCCGCGCCUGCACUGCACCACCACUAACAGGACCGUGGCCCCGCUGCUCACUGUCACUGAUGCGCUUAUACAUGCUAGUGUGCAGAUACCACAAUCCCUCCUAUACAGCACGACAGACUCCGGCGUUCUCUUACAAAGUCACCCUCAAGACCUGGUGAUCUCCGUGUACGAGAACGCGGCGUUAUUCCCUCUCUUACCCGAAGCUGAUGAUGAUACGGACGCGAGGCUGACGCAGCAUAGGACCAAGGAUUAUUAUGGUAGAAGUACGAAGAGGGAAGAUAUGAAUAUUGAGAUUACUUCGCCGGUUGUUGGGUUUCAGUUGAGGGACGUAUCUCUCCGCGGCUCGCUGCUGGAGCCGGUGAUAGCGACGGUGCGGGCGCGGGGCGUGGGCGGCGUCGACGGACGCGCCGCCGUGUGGGACCCCGCCACUAGGCGCUGGCAGGAUAACACCUCGGACUGCAAAAUCUCCCACGUCAUAUCAGAAAUGAUAAUCAUCAGCUGCACCAAGUUAGCUUACGUUGGUCUCUUACAAAACGUGGAGACUGGUAUCUACGGGGCCCGGACCGAUGGAGCCCGGUUCAAGGUAUCCCACCCGGCAGUCUACGUUGGCAGCUUGAUUCUUAUUGGCUGUCUUAGCUGUGCCACCCUGACGUAUAUCAUGUGCUACCCAGCCAUACAAAUGGCUAAGAAGACCAAACAUGCUCUAAUAAAUACAUGGAUAGCCAUCGGUCUACUAUGCUUCAUGUAUACCCUCGGUAUCUACCAAACUGAGGACGUGAAAUUGUGUCAAAUACUUGGUCUUCUCAUCCAUUAUUUGUCUUUAUCGUGUCUGCUUUGGAUGUGUGUGUCAGCCAGUAAUAUGUAUAAGUGGGUGACCAAAAGCCACAGUCCGGUUAGGACACCAGAAGAUGAAAUACCACCGGAUGUCCCCGUUCAGAAACCUAUACUAGGUUUAUACCUAGUCGGUUGGGGUAUAGCGUUGAUAGUGUGCGGAAUAUCAGGUGCAGUGAAUUUAAAAGACUAUGCGGGGUACUCUCAAUGUUUCCUCAGUACGGCCCCAGCUUUAAGUGCGUUAUUCGUCCCCGGUGGGAUUUUAUUAGUGUUCUUGUUAAUAUUAUUCUUGCUAAUACGGUGUACGAUAAGAAAUAUGAACGUGCAACUAUCUGAAGGGACUCAAGCUACGGAGAAUGUUGACCUUGAAAUGUGGGAGCCUCAGAGUAAUGAUAGAGCUGAACGAAGGAGUGUGAAGUCUACCUUAGAUUCAGAAGUUGAGGAUAUAGAACAUACCCCGAUUAUACAAUUAAGGGCUCAAGUAAUUGUUAUGUGUUUGUACAUGUCUGUGUGGUCUUGUGGUGCUAUAGCCGUGUAUAGACCAUUACCGGCCUAUUUGCCAUACCAAGAAGAUAUCUGCAGUAUUAUAUACGCCGUUUGUGCAACAGUCUUGGGCACGUUUAUACUAUUCUUCUACGGCAUAGCAAGAAGCGACGUUAGAGCGCAAUGGUCUAUGAUGCACUGUUACCUACAGAAGAGUAAGCAGUGUUGUAGGAAUAGAAGCGUGUUUGAUGCUAAUCAGCAGAAUUUGCCGCCGACACAAACUGCUACGCCUCCCGUACAGCCUGUGAUUCCAAAUGAUAAUAGAUCUCUGUCAGGCAGCCGAAGUUCUAACAGAACAAACUCUAAAACUAACAACAGUGGGACGUACAAAGCAGCCGCAGAAUUAAACGGACAAACAUUACAGAAGGAUACGCUAAAAAAUAUCAAUGGCAAAGCUCCGAAUAUAAAUUUGGUGGUUUUGCAUAGACAGCAGUAUAGAUCAAACAAUUCUAUGAUGACAUACCCAGAUAAUGGGACGGUUGGACCAGAAAUAUUCUACAAUCCAAAUCAAAUGAAUGUUGCCAAAAAAUUCUUUAAGAAACAACGACAGAAUAUGAAGAGGAAUUGCCUAGAGUUACCGACUAGGAGAGAUUGUGAUAAUGACUCCCAUUUCUCACUGCCAUUGCCAACUAAAGAGGCCUAUAAUGGUGUUGCCAACAUCAUAAACGCAGGUUCUAAAGUCAACAACACUAAUAUACACGUAGAAAGAUCUAACAACGGUAUCAAAGAGACUCGUAAUGUCUUAAACCCGAAUCUUCUAGAAGACGAAUCGAAAGAGAAUUAUAAAAACUAUUCAACAGACAAAAAAGCGUGGAACAAGAACGAAGACCCUAAAACCAGUCGAACGCAGAUUAUGAACAUUUAUACAAAUGUUCCAGAAACAUUAGUUCCACAGCAUCAAGUUGUGAAGGCUAAUGUGCCGAAAAACUUCAACGGACAACGUAGUAGUGUGUCAGAAGAAUGCUUGCAAAGCCACGCGAGUGAACAACCAGAAAUGAGGACUAUUUCCCAACAAUGCAGCUUAGAAUACAGCUCAGCGUCAGAAAUAGCCAUGCCCCAUACUUGUUCUGAUCAAACUCUAAACACACAUUCAGAAAUGACGUCAUUCCAAGAAACACACAGUGCCUUAUGUUCAACCAAUGAAAUUACUGACACGGAAAGCUUUGGACAGUAUAUUGACUACCUACAACCAGGCAAGCAAGAUAAAGAAAAUGUUGUAGACAAGUCACUUCAGGAUAUAUCCGAAGAAUGUACCAUGAAUUCUGACGAUAUUAAUAGAUCAAGUACUCCUCAACGUUUAGAAGCUGGUUCGGGAGAACUGGACAAUCUUCUCCAAGCCCAAGAUAUGGAGGGAUCCAAAGAGAAAAUUGACGAUGAUAAAGAUACGUUCUUUAUGGCGAAAACGACGUAUGAUUUUGAAACUUGCAGUACAAAUGCCAGCGAGCAGGGUUUUGAGAACGAAAGCGAUAUUUACUGCCCUAAUUACCAGAUGUCCGAAGUUAGUAUCCGAAGUCAUGGCUUAUACGCCCCAUCGCCUUCGUCCAUGUGUCCUAACGAGAUCAGUUUCAGCAACGAAGAUGUUUCAAACAUUGAAAGUCAAUACGUGAACUACGACCCGGGGUGGAGGAAAACUAUAAAAAGUAAUCCUAAGUUAGGGAAAUACGUUCCAACGCCGGCUUUAAGCUGUCCUGAAGUAAACAGGGACAGUAGUCCUGUGUCCUUUGCAAGUGAGAUCGAUGAGUUAUAUACUCAGAUCACAAGUAGAGAGAGGGAUCGAGACAGGACGCCGAGGAAAGAUACGGGACUUGACGUGACACUAAAUAGUGAUGUCACGUUAAAACCUGACAGUGACAGUUGUGUCAGCGAAGCAGUGUCGGACAUUGAAGUGAAAGGAGAAACUACUGUGUAGCUAGAGCCGGGACAUUUAAAGCAUUUUGAUACAUAGUUUACGUAGUUUCUUCUAGCUUUCGUUUAGUGAUUGGAACUUUUUGAAGUAAAGACUCUUUUGUCGUUGGAAGAAACUGUUGUUUAUGCGUACAGAUUAUAUGAGCAGCUAUUAGACUUUUAUUAACAGUUUAUAAUAGUGUGUGCUAGAAACUGACGUGGUUGAAAAUUGUACUAAUGUAUAGAAAUGAAAAGUAUUUUAUCUUUCUUUUUCAAAUGGCUUUUUUGAGUUUAUUUCAAAAACACUUAUCGCAUACACAUUGAAAAAGAUUGAUAUGGUUGCCAGAAGUAUGGCACUUCUGCUUACCCCCAAGAGAUCUUAGAGUGACUGAAAUGAUAGUAAAUUUUACGUAACUAACGUUUUUUGACAGCCAGUAUGUGCCAUUUACGAUUUGCUUGCAAUACUGAUUAAAAACAUAAUAUUUUUUUUACAGUAAAUGAAAAUAUUCACAAUAAAUGAUUUACUGUUGAACAUACUCUGCUUAACUUUAUUGUAACACAUGUUUCUGUCACAAAUUAAUCGAAUACAUUUUGUAUGAUAUUGAAUUUAAGAAGUCAUCACCUUGAAUUAAGAAGAUAUGACGUCGAAUUAAGAGUAUAUGACCUUGAAUGCAAUUUUAAUCAGUACAUGCAAGCAGAUAUUUGUGUAUAAUUUUGCAUUAGCAUUUAAGUUGUAUAUGUUAAACUGUAUAGUUAUUUAUUAUUAAGUUUAAAACAGUCUGAGUAGCGAGGUAAAGCUUCUGUGUUGUGUGAAGUAUGCUUGAGUUUAAAUACGUAAAUAUAAAAUGAUUGUAUGUUGUGCCAUGCUUUCUUAUUUUAUGUUAUGUUGGUACACUGCCAUGAAUAUUGCAUUUGUAUAACUUCGAUUAGACCCAAACUUUACAAGGAAAUAUUAAAAUAACUAAUAGAGUUUAUCCGCCCAGUGAAACUACGCAGUGGGUUACUUACAAUCUUCUCUGCUCCGUUCCAUCUUGCAUUUUAGUUACGUUUUUAGGCUGCACUAUAAAAAGGACAGAUAAAUGUGAGCCGGUAUUAAGAAAUCCAAGUUUUAUAUCCAUUUUGAGUUUAAGCGAUAUUGUUCGGUACAAAAUGAAACAUAAACCAUUUUACUAUGGGAAGGAUAUUCGAUCCUUUCAUUACGUUGUAGCCUAUAUUUUUUAUCUAGUCAUCGAACUACUUGGAAUAACUUUAUUCAAAAUUCAACUGUCAUGUAAAAAAGAAAGCAUGGUACAAAUAAUAAUAAUAAUGUGCCAAAAUCCCAUAAGAAUUCACCAUAGUGUUUCGUACUUAAUGAACUCAAAAUUUUAUCAUGAAAACUGACUGAAUAUACCACCCGCCUUAUGUCUAGUCCACUAAGUUGUGAGGGGUGAAUUUGGAACUUUGACUAAGGAAAUAUCUAGGAAAUUUGAAAAUAGCUAUUGCUUGAAAACUUUUUUUUGGAAGGAGAUACCAAGCCAAGAGAUACUGCCACUAUUUUGGCGUAACCUAUUCUUUAAAACCUUUGGUCUCAAAAAUGGCAUCUGUUAAAUUCAACUAUUUCCAGAACCAAAAGCAAUUUUAGUUUUCGGGGAUGAAGAAGCAAUAUCCAAAUAUCAAUACCAACAUUCGUGUGUAUUGAAAGAUAAAGUAGCCCAGUAAAAAUACUUAUUUUGCUAAGAAGUUCUUAAGGUGCCCAGUGAAAUUUUUAUGGCAAGAGUUGCAAAUUCACCCCAAAACGAUAAGUCAUUUAGGAUCAAACCCCAUCUCAUUUUUGUACAGCCUAGAGAAGGAUAAGAUCAAUGAGGGUUUUUGAAAUUUUUUCUGCCACCGGGUGGCGCCACGUAUGCGUCUGGUCCAAACAGCUGUCAAAUAGUAUGGAAUUGUAGGUGCCGAACUUAUUGUUUAUUGAAAUUCUGUUAUAUUGGAAGUGUUAUUGAUUUUAUUAUGGACUACGGUCAGAAUAAGGUUUCCGAACUAAAAAUUGAGCUAAGAGAGAGGGUGCAAAAGUCACUGGUACUAAGGAAAAGCUUGUUGAAAAAUUUGUUAACACAAUAUGAUUUAGUUUUUUUUAUUUACUCAACCGCAAUAGUAAAACAAUAAUGCAGUGCUUUAAUUAUAAAAUAAAAAAAACACUAAAAUCGUUCACUAUUCAUAGUAAAGAUAAGCACUUUGACAGUUAUCUGACCUGACGACUCGGUGCUGCCACCUCGUGGAUUGCCAUUUUAGAAAACCCUCAUUGAUCAGCGUGAAAAGUGUGACUACAAUGAAAGCAAUUCUUUUGGGGAUCAAUCUCUUUCGGCGCGACCAUUUAAUCAAAGUUGUUUCAAGAGAUUCAGCGUGUUGGCUUCGACUCACGUUUACCUUCGACAAAUUCGGGACUCUAUGGUCCCGUGGUGUGGUGGAGACUUACAAAAUUCCAAUGACUGCGUAGUGUCGAAAAAUUAAAGUUUUGACCCCUUUAAGAAUUAUUUUUGUUUCAUGUCACACUUGUAAAGGAUUCGUGCCUAAUGAAUGUCAGGCCUAACUGUUUUGGCUUCUAUGUAGUUGUGACAAAUGAGACGACACUCUAUUAGUUAUUAAUGUAUAUUACGUUUCAUUGAAAAUUCUGUAAAAAAAUCUCUUACGUUUUUUUCAUUUUUGUGAUAGAAGGUUUACUGAAUAAUUUGUAAUUGCAUUUAUAAAUAAAAUACGCACGGUCGCUUCAAGCUACAACAAUUUGUAAAAUUGACGAACUUUGACGGAUCGUAGCAGCUCGAUGUGCUUUCGACAGUACGUAUAUUCUCGUCUUUUUGUUAAUAACUAUGGCUGUAGUUUUUCUUCUCUUUAUGUAAAUAUAGUCUUAUUUGUCACAACAUUUCUAUGUAGAUAUAUUCUGUAGUAAAAUUGUCUAAACAGCUAUUGUGAUAUAAAAUCUUCCUUAUUAGGCGAGUUACGCCCAGUGACUGUAGGUCGCUCUAUAUAAUAUUAUUAUAUAUUAUAAUAUGAGAUUUGUGAAUAUUAUAUAUGAUAGCGAAAAAUUUAUGAAUGGUUAGCUUUUUGUGGAGCAUAUUGCGUAUUAAAGAGGCGUUUGCACUUG